AUGCCUCCUCCCAGUAAGAAAGAUAAAGUGAUUAUUGUUGGUGCCGGAGUUUAUGGACUUUCCACGGCGUUAUCUUUCUUGAAAGAUGGCUUUGAAGAUGUCCAUCUUUUCGACAAAAACGACUACACCAGCCAAAGUUACAGCUGGUUCAAAGGGUGUGACAGCGCCUCUUCGGACAUGAACAAAAUCUUCCGGUCUUCUUAUGGCGACAAAACCCAUUAUCAGAAAAUGUCACUUGCCAGUAGAGACGUCUUUCUCGAAUGGAAUCGCAUGAUUGCAGAAGAAGGAUUUGAAGGAGGUGAGCCAGUGUAUAUCAAUUCGGGAAACGUGCACUUGACAGACCAGCACGAGCUUCCUGACUUUGAAAGGGAAACUUUGGAGAAUAUGCCAGAUGGAACCAUUGACAUUAACGACCCAAGGGCCACCGAGAAAGCUUUGAAAAAAGGUUUAAGUGAAGACUCGGUCGACCCAUUUUUGUGUAAGAGCCGCGGAAUCAAGCUACAAGGCAUCCUAGAUACCACUGGAGGCACAAUGGUUGCGGAUAAAAUGUGUAGAUGGGUUCUUCAUUUGUGUGCUCGAACUGGAGGUUCAAGAUUCAAAUCUCAUUUGGGUACUGAGGUCCAAGAGUUGUUGGUGGAGUACAACCAGUCUACAGGUUCCAAGAAGUGCGUGGGAAUCAAGACAAAAGAUGGAAAUUGCCAUUUUUCAAAACUUGUGAUUUGUUUGAUGGGUGCCUGGACAGCCCUAAUACGUCCCAGAAGCAGGUGA